GGCAGAGGCUGCGUGAGGACUGGCUGAUUGGCACCUCCCGGCCUCUGCUUUCCGGAGCCACCAAGGCUCUCGCCAUGUCCAUCCCCUCUGCUGAGCCGACUCCAGAAAGCUUCCAGUACGACGACGAUGCUGAAGCCUGUUAUGAGGGGGACAUCGUGGCCUCCGGGACUGUCUACUUGCCCGUCUUCUACUCCUUUGUCUUUGCCUUUGGCCUGGUGGGAAACGUGCUGGUGGUGCUGGCCCUCAGCAACAGCCGCAAAGCCAAGAGCAUCACCGACGUCUAUCUCCUGAACCUGGCCUUGUCCGACCUGCUCUUUGUAGCCACCUUGCCUUUCUGGACUCACUACGUGCUCAGCGACCAAGGCUUCACCAACGCCGUGUGCAAACUCGUGACAGCCUUCUUCUUCAUCGGCUUUUUCGGGGGCAUCUUCUUCAUCACCGUCAUCAGCAUCGACAGAUACCUGGCCAUUGUCCUGGCCGCCAACUCCAUGCGCAACCGCACAGUGCAGCACGGCGUCAUCGUCAGCCUGAGCGUGUGGGCGGCGGCCAUUCUGGUGGCGGCCCCCCAGUUCAUGUUCACCAAGCAGAAUGACGGCGAAUGCCUGGGCGACUACCCCGAGAUCCUCCAGGAUGUGUGGCCCUUGCUGCGCAACGUGGAAGCCAACUGCCUCGGCUUCCUGCUCCCCCUGCUCAUCAUGGGCUUCUGCUACUUCCGCAUCAUCUGGACACUGCUGACCUGCAAGAACCACAAGAAAGCGAAAGCCAUUAAGCUGAUCUUCCUGGUGGUGGUUGUGUUUUUCCUCUUCUGGACCCCCUACAACGUGAUGGUCCUCUUGGAGACCCUCAAGCUCUACCACUUCUUCCCCAGCUGUGACAUCCAGAGGGAGCUCAGGUGGGCUCUCAACGUGACCGAGACGAUUGCGUUUAGCCACUGUUGCCUCAAUCCCCUGAUCUACGCCUUUGCCGGAGAGAAGUUCAGAAGAUACCUUUCCCACCUCUACAGGAAGUGCCUGGCUGUCUUGUGCGGCCGUUCACUCCGGGUCGAUGUCACCCUGUCAGAACUGCAAAUAAGCCGGCGGGAGAGCGGUCUGAGCAGCAAUUUUACCCACUACACGAGUGAUGGGGAGACAUCGAUCCAUCUCUGAAAGGAACCCCCAGACCAUGUCCCUAUAGGAAGGUUGGCAUUGCUGAGUCCGCACGGACGGCAGUUUGUGUGUGUGUGUGUGUGUGUGUGUGUGUUUUACAGGCAAGAAAUGACAAUCCCAAGGCCAUGAAAACAAAACAACCCUUAGAGUAUUUGGGGGGGAUGGUGUUCACCCACUCGAAGAAGGAGAGACACGUCUCUUCCUACGAACAUUGGGAAUUUUUCUGUUUGCCACUGACAAGCCAAAAGAGGUUUGUCAGAAAUUCAACCCAGACUGACUUAGCUAAGAGGAGGUGGUGAGGGUUGUUCACGCUGUGGACUGGGCAAUGAGGAGACCAGGGCUUCAGGGUGACUGCCAACCAGGGCUCAAAGUUGGCUACAAUGUCUUCCUUCUCCCUCUCCAGUCUAUGAGUUAGAUAGCUCAGACUCCCAUAUCACCGCUUUAUCAUCAAAGGGGACUAAGUUUCCAAAUUCUCAUGGACUGUCGAGUCUCUGGAGCCCUGCAAGGUAGAUGAGUCCCUGAAACUAUUGCCUUGAGAUAUCCUUUGAAUUGUAAGCCAGAAAUGUGCCCCGAAGUCUUCUUAAAAGCGAACAACCAUUUAACUUAACUAAUAAAGCGUGCCCACCUUGAGCAGUAUGCUCCUUUAGGAGCUGUCAGCAAUAGCAACCUGAGAGAUAGGAGAGGAACCUUAAGGGAGAGUGAGCUGAUGUCAGUGGGAGAGGAAGAACCAGAAAGAUGGUGGAAAUGAAUGGAACACAUUCACAGAAUGUCACCCGUGUCACUGAGCAGCAUGUGUAGAAGUUGUUGGGCUUAGUUUAUGGUUUGCUCUGGAUAUUCUCGACAACAACAAUAAAAUAAAUCAAAAACAUGGACUGAGAUCCACCCUUUCCUUGUUCUAAGAUCAAAAUGCCCAAGGAAGGACGCUGAUAGGUCCCGUUUGCCUCAGGUGUCAAUCGCUGGCCAAGAAGUAGUAUCCCCAUAGAAAUGAUAAAUAAGAUGCUAGCUGCUUGUUAUUAAAGGUGGAGGGAGACAUAUUUCAGACAGUGGAGAAUGCAUGCUAUUCUGAGCAGACACAAGCUCUGUCCACCUAUGUUACUAUGUACCCAGUCCCAAGUCCCUUGUCUAAACACGCCAGCAUAUGAAAACUGCCAGCCUCCUCUUUUUUAAAAGCUCUGCAACUUUUUAACCAUGUCCCCAAACCAGGAAGGAUUUCCCAGGCACUUUGAACGGCCCCAAGUCCAAACUCAAAUGCUUGGCUUCUGAGACCCUCCUGUGGCCCUGUCUACAGAUUCCCAUUGCUGGCCCUCUCCCCGGAGGACUCUCCCUACCCUCUCAGCCUGAUUGCUAGCAGACAUCCCCACAGGUCUCCCCCUGCCCUCGGGCCCAGCGAUAGAAACAGAGAGCACUCUGGUACCUCUCACAUAGGGACCAUCCUUUCCAGUCUGAGGAACCAUCUACCUACUCUAACGGGUCCGCCUCCACUUGUCUGGUUCCCAGAAUGCAACUCUGUCCCACCAGGGACCACCACACUAUGCCUAUGGGUUUGUGCUGACAGAGUUUGGGGAGGAAGAUGCAGGCUCUAGUUUAUACUGCAUGAUGGAGCGUAAGCACAGAGGGGCUGGUUUCUACAGUACUAGUCAGUGAACACUCUUGACAGACAGACAGACGACUCGACCCUUUCAGAUGGACUCAAAUAUCCCCUCCCAGGACCCCAAAGUUCCUGCCUCCGCCAACCUGGAGAGCCUGGGCCAUGGGAGCGGCGUUCUUUUUCCAGUAAGCGCUGGGGUUGAAAGCUUGAAAAACAAAUGUAAUAAUAAUAAAAGCUUGCAAAACAAGUGUAAUAAUAAUAAUAAAGCAGGUGUCAUUCCUAAA